UAGCGAGCCUACAUUCCUCACGUGAGCACUACUUUUGUAGGUCAGCCCGUGGUCUGGUUGGGGUGUCUGUAGUUUGACAAAUGGCUUCUGUGGCGAGGGAUCGAGAAAUAGAACACGGACAGUUGUGGUAGACCCAGAAUGUCGGGGAAACAUCUGCCCUGAUCUAGUGGAGAAUGGGGUUUGCUACGGUCCUUGCUGUCGGCAGGAUUGCGAGGUCUCUGAGUGGAAAUCCUGGACGUACUGCUCGACAUCUUGCGGUCACGGAAUCAGAACCCGGGAGAUGGAAAUCUUGGUGCCAGCAAGUUGUAAUGGCACAGAAUGUCCUUCUGUGUCAGUUCUGUUUGAGUCGCAGACCUGUGAAGUAUCGGAGAUGAUCGAUUGUCAGCUCUCAGAAUGGACAACAUGGUCCGCCUGCAGUGAGAAUUGUGGCCAGGGGACCACGGAGCGGUCCAGAAGGCUACUGACACCAGCCUAUUGUGGUGGCGCCCAUUGCGUUAAUAAGACUCUCGAGGAAUCUACAACGUGUGAAUCAUUUUCAGCCUCAAGGGACUGUAUUAUGUCAGAGUGGGGGGAUUGGUCUAAUUGUGAAAGGAACUGUAAUGGAGGAAAACAGGCCCGAUUCAGGGAGGUUCUACAGGCCCAGCAGUGCAAAGGGGCAGGGUGCCCCAGUUCUGAGGAGGUUCGAACCUGUCACCCCCUCUGUGCUCACCCUGAGAUGUGUAACCAGGGAGUGUGUGGGUGUCGCCCAGGGUACCACCUGGUGGAGGAUGGCUUCAGUUGUCUCCCCAUCAAGUGUGUGGCUCCUUCCAUCAAAUACUGCCCUCCCUCAAGGAGAGAGUUCUUCAGCUGUCGACAUCCCAGCAGCAUAGCGUGCAAAGGAUAUGACUUCAAUGACACAUGCACUGUUUCGUGCAUUACUGACUGGUUCCUGAAAGGCCCCACCAAUGUCAUCACAUGCCAGGCUAACAGGACCUGGAGCCACCCAGACCUAUUCUGUGCCCCACCCAACAACCCUCCCCACUCGAUGAAAGUUGACAUGACAGAAAUUAAAGAGAACUCGGACAGUAGAUACUGCGUAUACCUUAGUACCGAAGAUGACUCUUAUGAUGCCCAGUUCUACUCCAUUCUUCAUGAUCCCAAGAAAAUCUUUAGAGUUGAUGGAUCCAAACUUUGUCUGACAAGGAAGGCAGACUUUGAGGAAAAACCAACCAAGUGGAAUGUGACAGUCCGAUGUACAGAUAUUGAGGGAGCUUUUGUGGACAGCACAUUCCAGUUUGAAAUUCUAAAUGAAAAUGAUGCUCCAAAAUCAGCAAAGCUGACUCCAAAUGCUAUCCCAGAAAACAGCAUGGCCGGAGUCCAUGUUGGAUGCUUCAGUGCGCAGGAUGACGAUCCAAACCAAAAUGUCUCCCUACUGUUGGUGGACUCGGAACACAAAAUGUUCGCUUCGUACUAUAAUGGCUCCCAGCUCUGUCUUAAAGUCUCAAAAGACUCAAAUCCACUGUGCACUUCUGAAGGGGGUAAAUAUUGUGUGUUAAAUAUGGAGGAACAGCAGGUCCACUUUGUCACCCUAAUGGCCAAAGAUGACUAUAGCCCCCCAGGGAUCUCUUACUUCAACCUUGCUGUGACCUUGACAGAUGUCAAUGACAAACCGGAAUCAGUGACAAUGGAACCUGACAGCAUCCCUGAGGAGGUCGAACCAGGAACCCCAUUAACAGCCUUGAAAACAAUAGAUGAGGACAUAGAUCAAAAAUUUCAGUAUAGACUGAUAGAAGAUAGCUCGGGCCUAUUCUCUGUUGUGAAUGGAAGUCUAAUUUCGUCUGUGAAGUUUGACUUUGAAGAGGAUGCUGGGAAGGAGUUUCAGAUCAAGAUUCAGUCUGAUGAUAAUGGCUCACCUAGUUAUAGAGUGUUGUCAACAAUAGUGUUUACUGUAGGGGAUGUGAAUGAGGCUCCCUAUGACCUUCAUCUGACCUCCUCUAAUGCACCAAUUCAGUUCCCGGAGGAUAAACCUAAAGUAAAGGAAAAUGCAAAAGCCGCAAUAGUUGGAACCAUUGUUGUAAAGGACCAGGAUAAGGGAGAUAAUCUUGAGAUCAAUUUAGUGGACGAUCUAGGUGGCAGACUGGUCAUUAUGAAUAAAAUGUGUUCUCAGGUCCAGGGGAUAAAUACGUACUGUCUUGGUACCUUGGUGACCUUCGGCUCCUUCGAUCACGAAACGGAGGGUGAGGUAAACAUCUCGGUGUCUGUGUCUGACAAUGGCGGCCUGCAGACGACAGUGGUGUGGACUAUGGAGAUUCUCAAUGUCAAUGAUGCCCCCAGUGACAUCUUGCUGAAUGAGGCAUCGGUCAAGGAAGGAACUGUCGUCGAAAACCACAAUAACGCAUUGAUCGCCGUCCUGACAGCUGCAGACGACGACGUAGAUGACACCCACAGCUUCCAUCUUUUAGACUCAGCCGACGGCAAAUUUAGGAUCGAAGGGAGACAACUUAUGACAUCAGAAUUGGCAAAUUUAGACUUCGAGAAUAUCAACACCUACACCAUUCGCAUUGUGGCAAAAGACAGCGGAAAGCCAGCCAUGUCAUGUGAAAAAUUUGUCACUGUCAGAGUGCAAGAUGAAAAUGAGGCUCCUCGGAACAUUCGUUUGUCGGCCAACAAGGUCCCCGAGUUGAGUGAGCCUGGCUUUGUGAUUGGUACCCUAAGUACAGAGGACCCAGACAACAGUGUGAGGGGGGUACAACAGUUUGUGUACUCCCUGGAAGAUGAUAUCAGAGGUCAAGUGGAGGUCAAGGACAACCAGCUUCUGGUAAAGAAGUCCAUGCUGCAGUGUGAUGGCCAGCCAUGCAAGUUUGACUUUGAAAAAGAGUCACAGGUCAGUGUUAAGGUGAAGGUCACAGACAGUGGCUCUCCACCUUUGACCUAUGUGGAGACCUUAACCCUGGAGGUCAUUGAUCAAAAUGACCCUCCACAAGAUCUGAGACUGGUGGGGGAAUCCAUUGUGGAGAACAGUCCUCCAGGAACCAUUAUAGGUAAACUUACAGCUUUUGAUGAAGAUGUCGGGCAGACCCUGAGUUUUACUCUUCUUAACUACACUGAUGUGUUCAUGCUGAAGGGGGAUAACUCGCUCGCUACAAUCACAAGCUUGGAUUAUGAAGUCCAGCCUGUCUAUGCAAUCUCUGUGAAGUGUUCAGAUGAUGGAGGAGACCCUAAGUUUGUGGAGUCCACAGUUACAGUGAAGGUAUUGGAUGUGAAUGAGCCUCCCAGCUUUGUAGAAGUGAUAGAAAUUCAUGUACAAGAGGACAGGAAGGUGGGGGAGGUAAUCGGAACAGUCACGGUGGAGGAUGCUGAUUUGAAGGAACAGCUGUCAUUUACUGUUACAAGGGGAUAUACUAAUUUCAUGAUCACAAAUACUUCCUGUUUUACAGAGUCAGGACAAGGAACUCGGUGCGUGGGGAGCCUCGCCCUGAAGCACCCCCUGGACUACGAGGCUGUAUCUACCCUCCCCCUGACUGUGUCUGUACAGGACUCCAGGGGCCUUACAGCCACCCACAGUCAGAUGAUCAGCGUGGUCGAUGUCAACGAACCCCCAACGGACAUCCUAUUGAAUGGUAAAUCUCUGACAUCAUUGUCUGUGUAUGAAAUGACACAAAAUGACACCCUUGCAGAGUUGUCUGCCCAUGAUACAGAUCUUAUCCAAAGUCACAUAUUUUCCUUACAAUCUGGGGACCCAGUUAAUUUUGAAAUUAUUGGCAACAAACUAAGGGUGAAGUCUUCAGCAGUGCUAAAUUUUGAGACACAAAAUGUAUACAUACUUGACAUAAAUGUGACUGACAAUGGAUUACCUCCCUUGUCAGUGGUCAAAGCUAUCUCUGUUCAGAUCAUUGAUGUAAAUGAGCCUCCAGAGACUUUAAGUCUAGACAAUAGUAAGGUGUCAGAGAACAGCCCUGUUGGUCAACUUAUUGGAAGUCUUCUUACUACUGAUCCAGACAAUGUUGUGAAAAAGGUUCAGACAUUUACCUAUGAACUGAUAUCAAACCAAGAUGGCAGGUUUCAAAUCCUAGAAAAUCAACUUCAGGUUGGCCCAGCAAACUCAGAGUGUGUGCAGACAGGGGGGCCAGGGUGUUCACUGAACUAUGAACGGUCGUCCAUGUACAAUGUGACCGUCCUUGUGUCUGAUAAUGGAGUCCCUCCCCAGAGCAGUGUGUUCAGCCUGACUGUCCAGUUAACGGAUGUCAAUGAUAUGCCUUCAAACAUGACAUUAUCAGGUCACAAGAUUCAGAGUGAUGCAGUUAAAGGCACCCAUAUUGGUCAACUUUCUGUAAUGGAUGAAGAUGCUGACCAAUCGCAUACCUUCUCUCUUGUAUCUGGUGGAGACGGGCAAUUUCUAGUCAGCAAUGAGGGCCAAGUUACAAAGUCAACAGACCAGCCCCUUGAGAGUGGGAAUGUUUACGAUAUUGUUGUACAGGCUGUUGAUAGUGGCCAACCUCAAUUAAAGGUUACAUCUACUUUUCAUGUAACUGUCCUUGGCAUUAAAGCACCAGUUAGUGUAGACUUCACCUCAGAGGAAGGGGUCGGAUCUUUUCCUGUCAAUCAUCCUGUUGUCAUGGAGAACUUAGCUUCUGGUUCAGUGAUUGGAUCUUUAGUUGGUGUAAAUAAUGGGAUGGAUCAAAACUUGGUCUUCUCUCUGGAGAUAAAGGAGGGAGAGAACCCCUUCAGACUAGAGAAUGUCAGCUGCAGUUCUGCUGAUGAUUUGACAAAAUGUACUGUGGGGGUGAAGAUGCAAAACAUUCUGGAUUUUGAAAAACAGACGUCAGUCUCUGUGACUGCGAUCGUGGAGAAUAAAGAUGGAGGCAAAUUGGUGGAGAUGUUUGAAGUUGUUAUUGAAAAUGAAAAUGAGGCUCCAAAGGACAUUCGGCCCAGCAGUACAGACCUGUCUGUCCAGGAGAAUUCCAAGGGCCAGAUGGUCACCAUGUUCUUGGUUUCAGACCCAGAUGCUGGGGAUACACAUUCCUUCACAUUGCUGGGAAACCCUGGUCAAAAGUUCAGUCUGAGCACACAAGGACAGCUUUCUGUAGCUAAAGAUGCUGUGAUAGAUUUUGAAAAGAGUCCAGCCAUUGACAUCAUGGUCCAGGUUACUGACAGGGGAGGUCUGUCACUGAAGAAAAACUUCACUGUCAGGGUGGAGGAUGUCAAUGAGAAACCUACACAGAUCAGUCUCUCACAGAAUAAGGUGAAGGAGAUGAGUGAGCCAGGGACAGUGAUUGGUCAGUUGACAACAGAGGAUGAGGACCUAGACCAGACCCACACCUACACACUGAUGGACAAUGCUGGGGGGAGAGUUCUCCUUAAUGGAACAACCCUUCAGGUAGCCAUCAGGGGAGAUAAUUGCGACGAGCGUGGUGGAUCCUCCUGUUUGUUGGAUUAUGAGACAAUGAACAGCUUUGAUGUUGUGGUCACCACACAAGACUCGGGGUCCCCCUCACUGAACCUGACUGUGUCCCUGACUAUACAGGUGGUGGAUGUCAAUGAUCCCCCACAUCACCUGGUGCUGAGUGUGACCGCCCUACCUGAGGAUACCAGGGUGGGAGAAUUGCUGGGAAAUAUAGAGGUGAACAAUGCUGAGCCAGACCAGGAAGUAACAUACAGCAUCAGUGAGGACCAGGAUGUUUUUGUAGUGGAGGGGAACAAAGUGGUUUUAAAAAAUGCCCUGGACUUUGAAACACAGUCAAUGUACAACUUAACAAUAACAGCACAGGAUGAUGGAACCCCGCCAGCUCAAGUUUCAAAAACAUUUCAAAUUACUGUCAUUGAUGUUAACGAGGCCCCGUUUGGAUUGUUGAUAACAUCUUCGAAUAUGAACACCAAGUUCCCAGUCAACCAGCCAAUCAUAUUGGAGAAUUCUGUUAGGAAUGUCCUAAUUGGUCAAAUUGUGGUGCAGGACUAUGACACUGAGGAUGCUGUUACCAUGAGAACUACAAAUAUGCAAAUUAGCAUCGUAAAUCAGCAGUGUGUGCCCACUGUAAAGAUGGUUCAUUGCACAGCUGACCUGAGAGCAGCAGUGGUGUUUGACCAUGAGACCACCCCCAGUCUGUCAGCAGAGCUUACUGCUGUGGACCGCCAGGGCUCGUCUGCCACUGUACAGUUUAACCUCACUAUACAGGACACAAACGACCCACCCAUUGAUAUAAAUGCAGGAGAGGAUACUUACACGGUGGAUGAAGGCAGCCGUAACAUAAAAAUUACAACCCUAACUGCUUCAGAUGUAGACUCGGGUCAGAACCACAGCUUUACCAUUGUGUCAGAAACUCAGCUCUUCCAUGUCAUAGGCAAUGAAUUAUGGGUGUCUCAUAUAGCAUACUUAGAUUUUGAGACUAAACCCCAACAUGUCUUGAAAAUCCGAGCGACAGAUAAUGGCAGUCCUCCCCUGUAUGUAGACAAGUCCUUCACAGUUAGGGUCAAUAAUGUCAACGAAGCUCCACUGAAUAUCAGGAUUACAACCAAUGAGAUACCAGAGGACAGCCUUCCCUACACGGUAGUGGGGAUAUUGACAGCAGAAGACCCUGACAAUGUUAACAAACCAACCCAGACUCUGAAGUUCUCCCUUGCAGAUCCAGAUGAGAAAAUGUUCGCUGUGAAUCAAACACAGCUGAUGUUCAUCAGUGGAGCCCUUGACUAUGAGAGAGUCCAACAGUACACUUUGGAGGUGAUGGUAGUGGACAAUGGCGAUCGCUCCCUCUCAGCCUCUACCAACAUUGCCAUCCAUAUCACUGAUGCCAACGAUCCACCUACAGAUCUAAAACUCUCAGCCAUGGAAAUAAAUGAGAACUGUGAAAUUGGAACAGUGGUAGGAACGCUAUCUGCUGAAGAUGUGGACAGGGGUCAAAAUCUGACCUUCUCCCUGUCUGACACCAGUAACCUUGUAGUGGAAGGAGAUCAGGUCAAGGUCACAGGCAACAUUGAUUUUGAGCAGAUGGCCCUUCUGACCUUCAAGGCCACAGCUACAGAUGAUGGUCACCCACCCAGAUCUGUUUCCAAGAGUUUCUCAGUUGCAGUAAGAGACAUGAAUGAUCCUCCCAAAAGCUUGCAGUUUGUUACUGGUGCUCUUGUUAAAGAUUUUAUGAUACCAGAGUCGAUGGCGAUGGGGGGAUCUAUUGGAACACUUGAGGGGGUGGACCCAGAUGGGGAGGAUAAACUGUCAUUUGUUAUGCUGGAGGAUGGAGGUGGAGUGUUUAUGUUGUCCAACAGCAGCAAGUGUGGUCCCACCACUGUCCAAUAUCAGAAUGCCAAAUCUUUUAUCGGUACAAAGUGUUCCAUUGAAGUAAGGCUGGCUAGUGUACUCAAUUUUGAAUCAGAGUCACCAGAAAUGACCUUGAAGGUCCAGAUCAAGGACAAAAAGGGCACAAGUCUCAUUGAAAAGUGGACAUUUAAUGUCAAGAAUACUAAUGAUGCACCAAUAGAUAUCAGUAUUGAUGGUGGCCAAACAGAAAUUCCUGAAAAUGAGCCCUCCUUUAUCAUUGGAGCUCUGCAAACAAGGGAUGAAGAUGAGGGAGACACUUUUACCUACCAUGUUAUCUCCCAUUGGGAACUCUUCAGGAUUAGAGGAAAUAAGUUGGAGGUUGGAUCUCCUCUGGACUACGAAGAAAAAUCUCAGUACAGUGUGACCAUCAAGAGCACAGAUGAUGGAGGGUUAUCUUUCUCCAAGAGCUUCAUCUUCAAAGUCCUCAAUUUGAAUGAGAAACCCAAUAAUAUUUCUUUGAACCCCAAAGAAGUCAGUAAUAACGCUGCUAUGGGAGACAUUGUCGGACUAGUGACUGUAGUGGACCCAGACAAUGUGGACCCUGACUCCCCAAUCCAGACCCACAACUGCUCAGUGGGAGGGGAUGGCUUAGGGGUCUUCACUAUAGACCAUGGAUCCAAUAACUUAAAGGUGGUGUCAGCUAUUCCAGUGGACAGAACAGAUAUGACAAUCAUCAUUACGUGUAAAGAUGAUGGAUCGCCACCAUUAGAGUACUCUCAAAACAUUAGUCUGAUCAUCAAGGAAAUUGUGACAAUCCCAAAGGAAGUCAAACUAAUCAAUCAGAAACCAGUACCAGAAAACACUGACAGUUUCACUGUAGGGAAAUUCCAAGUAUUCAACAUGUUGACCAACAAACCUGUGGAGAACGAGAUGUACCUCUACUUCCUGUUAGACUAUGGUGCCCCCUUUACCCUUGAGGGAGACCUUCUGAAAACCACUAAAGCCUUCGACUUUGAGAUGCAGCAGUCUGUCAAAGUUGCAGUCAAUGCAAUGGCAUUUGGAUCCAACUUACAUGGAGAGUUUACAAUUGAGAUAGAAGAUGUUAACGAGGCUCCCAUAGGGAUCGGGAUUUAUGGAGGGGGCAUUUUGAAGGAGAAUAGUGCUGAGGGGACUAUAAUUGGUGACAUUAACACUAGAGACCAAGAGAAGAACCAGAUCUAUACCUACACACUAGAUGCUAUAUAUCCAGGAUUGUCUGACCCAGGGAAUGCAUCAAUAUACAAAGAUGUAUUUAAGCUACACAAUAGAACACUAACUGUGGGGCAGCCAGGGAAGUUUUUAGACUUUGAGAAGUUCCCUGUGUUUUCAGUCCUUGUGACAUCCACAGAUUCAGGGUUGCCUCCCCUAUCUUAUGCUGGUGUUAUCAGGAUUGUUCUGCAGGAUGUUAACGACCAGCCAGGGAAUAUUUUUCUCUCAAAUAGUCAGGUUUAUGAAAACAGUUUAGCAGGGACAGAGGUUGGGAAUCUGACUGUUUCAGAUGAAGAUAAAAAAGACCUCCACUCUUGUUCUGUUGCAACAACAGGGGUCCCAUUCAAGAUCAAAAACAAUUUAACUCUGGUGGCAGGAAGUGGGCAGAUAGAUUAUGAAAAGGAUAAAAUAUUUGCAAUGGAGAUUGAAUGUGUAGACUAUGGACAUGGUGGACCAGGACUCAGAGUCUCCAAGAUGUUUGUCAUCAAUGUCACCAAUAUUAAUGAGCCUCCUUUUGACAUACGCCUUAAUUCCAACUUUAUAAAAGAAAACGGCCCAGUUGGUCAGGUGGUGGGAGAGCUCUCAGCAGAGGAUCUGGAUAGUGCAGAGAUAAAAUUUGAAGUUGGAGAGAACCCCUAUGUUGAACUUGAUGGAACCAACACAGUGGUGACCAAGACAGAGCUAGACUUUGAGGUGUUGUCACAGUUUGUGAUUACAGUCACAGCUGUGGAUUCUGACAUGGGAAGCAACUCCACAAAGAUCCAAAUCAAGAUACUGGAUGUGAAUGAACGACCAACAGACAUCUUUAUAAGUAAUCUGUUGGUGAAGGAAAAUUUGGAACCAGGGACGGAAUUAACAAAACUUUCUACCAUGGAUCCAGACAACAACCAAGAGUUUGUGUAUUCUAUCCCUGAUACAGAGUAUUUUGAAGUGCAAGGAGACAAGCUGUUAGCAGGAAGUAGAACGAUGGAUUAUGAGGAGAAUUCCAGUCUGGAGCUAGUGAUUAACAGCACUGACAGUGGGAUCCCUCCACAGACCAUCCAGAGAACUUUUGUUAUUGAUGUAGAGGAUGUGAACGAGCCUUUGAUUGACAUUGUACUGGAGGCUAUAGCACCGGUCCCCGAGGAUCUACCCCUGCGGUCUGUCCUGUCCAAGAUCCUGGUCGAUGACCCAGAGGAGACCCAGCAGCAUGUUUGCCAGGUCCUCCCUAGCCUGGUUCCCUUCUCUGUGAUCACCUCUGGAAACAGCAUGAAAGAGUUGAUACUGUCGGGAGUACUGGACUACGAAACAAAAUCAGAAUUCGCGCUCAGGAUCAAGUGUUCAGAUGGAGAGUUUGAUUUGACAAAGGAAAUCUCAAUAAAGAUAAAGAACAUAAAUGAGGAGCCCUAUGGAAUGACUCUGAGUGGAUCACACACAGUGGUGGCCAAUGGUACAGCUGGAUACAUUAUAGGAGAAGUCACCGUCUUAGAUCCAGAUGUGGAGCAGACACACAUCAUUUCUAUCAAGGGACCUAACUCUGAUUUUAUCAAGGUAAAGAACAGAGAACUUGUGUUGACUGGACCUAUCCCUCUGGAUGUUCUAAAGAAGACCCCUCCUGUCAUUGAGUUAACACUCACAUCCACAGACAAUGGAGAACCUCCUUUGUCUUUCAAUCAUACUUUCUCUCUUCCAAUCACAAAUGUUCAGAUAUUUGCUGCAGAAUUGCCCGCAAUUUCAUUGGAUAAUCAAGAAGCGUGGGAGGAUUCAGACAUUGGUCAAGUGGUAGGACGUCUGUACAGUAUUAACCAAACUAUCGAUGAGGAUAUUGAAUUCAAGCUCCUGUUCAAUCCAGGAGAUCUAUUUGCUAUAAAGGACAACACAUACUUGGUAUUGGUUAGAAACUUAACAGAAGUGGAAGGAACAUCUGUUAUAAUCACAGUAGCAGUGAGAAACACCGAGACCUUUGAGAUGGAGACACAGAACAUUACAAUUUUUAUCAAGAGAGUUAACAAUUGUGAAAUAAAUGGGAAGAAAUGUGAUGAAAAUGCUCGGUGUGUGAAAUCUGUUAAUUCCACGAGACAUGACUGUGUCUGUGAAUUUGGGUUUUCGGGGGAUGGAUAUUCAUGUGACAGCAUCGACUUAUGUCAAGAAAACCAUAUGCCUUGCAGAAACAAUGGCACCUGUAUUAAUGAAGUGAACAAGUAUGUCUGUAUGUGUCCAGAGGAGUUUGUAGGUGAGCAUUGCCAGAUACAAGCAUUGUCUAGUGCAGAGGAUCCAUGUUCAACCAUUGCUUGCCAGAAUGAGGGUGUAUGUUUAGUGAAUGGUGACAGCAGAGUUGUCUGCUCUUGUCAGCCUGGCUGGCAGGGGGAGCUGUGUGAGCUGAGUGAAGAUGAUUGUAUGGGCAUCAUCUGUCAUGGCAAUGGAACUUGUGUGGACAAAUUCAUGGACUAUACCUGUGAUUGUUCUGGUGACAGGACAGGAACUCAUUGUGAGUAUCAGCCUAGUCUGUGUCAGGCUGACAAUGUUUGUGCGAAUGAAGAAGUGUGUAUUCCUCUUGCUGACAUCGGCAAACCAGUAUGUGCCAAUGAGUCCCAUUUUGUAGACCUAACCUUCAGGGCAGGGACUGAAAUGGAGGAGGAAGAAUUGAUAACAAAGAUUACACAGGCUGUGCUCCAACUGGUGAAGCAGACUGGAGGCUUGGAUUUAUCAAACAGGAAAAAGAGACAGACAGAAUCAGGCCUGGGAGUCCAUGUUAUCACUGUUACACCUAAAGAAGAUGGCCAGUCGUGGCAGGUCAAACUUGUUGUGUACAGGGAUGAUGGAACUGUGAUAACAAAAGAAUUUGUUUAUGAUAGACUGAGUCAAGCUUGUACCUACAGCUUAACAUCAAAUAUACAGGACAUCAUGUGCCAGUCUGCUGUCUUUCACCCUCAGACUGGCUCCGAGUCAUCUAGCUUCCCUGUGCUGCCAUUGGCAGGUGCCCUUGGAGGUCUUCUCAUACUUGUGUUGAUCAUUGUAUGCAUCUGGAAAAAGCGGAGAAGUGCUGGGGAGGAGAACCAGAUAGAGAAAAGAACCAGUAAAGAGGAGAACUUUGAUAUAGAGACUUCGUCCAGACGAUCCAGUGGCUAUGCCUCCAUCUCCAAGAAAUCUUCGGAGGACGUAAUGGACAGUAAAACAGAGUCUCCUAAAGACAUGGCUACAACUUUGUAACACUUUGUCACUGUAGAUAAUAAACAACAAACUAUAUAUUCAUAA